GAAGAAAAAAAAGAAAGAGAGGCCGACGUUUUGUGGCGUUGUUUACAGGGGAUGUAGAGAGGGACAGAGGCACCGCUCUCCCCGACGGACCGCGCCGUGUCUGCUCUGCACUGCCCAGCCCGCUGCACCGCGGAGCGGCCUGCGAGGCACACAAGAUGUCGACCAGAACGCCAUUGCCCACGGUGAACGAGCGCGACACCGAGAACCACUCAUCGGUGGACGGCUUUGUUGAACCCCCAGUCCCCCCGACAAAGUCUGCGAGUCGCCACAGCCUGCCGCGAUGUCGCAACUCUUUCACCUCCACAGAGGAACAUCCCCAUAUUGGCAAUUACCGCCUUCUCAAGACCAUUGGGAAGGGGAAUUUCGCCAAGGUAAAGCUGGCACGACAUGUCCUGACUGGACGAGAGGUGGCGGUGAAGAUUAUAGACAAAACCCAGCUGAAUCCCACCAGUCUACAGAAGCUCUUCAGGGAAGUCCGAAUAAUGAAGAUACUGAAUCAUCCAAAUAUAGUGAAAUUGUUUGAGGUGAUUGAGACAGAGAAGACACUUUAUUUGGUGAUGGAGUAUGCCAGUGGUGGAGAGGUAUUUGACUAUCUAGUGGCUCAUGGCAGAAUGAAGGAGAAGGAGGCCAGGGCCAAGUUCAGACAGAUUGUGUCUGCAGUGCAGUAUUGCCACCAGAGGAGGAUAGUACACAGGGAUUUAAAGGCAGAGAACCUGUUGCUAGACGCAGACAUGAACAUCAAGAUAGCUGACUUUGGCUUUAGCAACGAGUUCACUGUGGGCAGUAAGCUAGACACUUUCUGUGGCUCCCCGCCGUACGCUGCUCCAGAGCUCUUCCAGGGAAAGAAGUACGAUGGACCAGAAGUUGAUGUCUGGAGCCUCGGGGUCAUCCUCUACACACUGGUCAGCGGAUCACUGCCCUUCGACGGACAGAACCUAAAGGAGCUGAGGGAGAGGGUCCUGCGGGGAAAGUACCGCAUUCCUUUCUACAUGUCCACAGACUGUGAAAACCUGCUGAAGAAACUACUCGUGCUCAACCCUGUCAAACGAGGCAGUUUGGAGCAAAUCAUGAAAGACCAUUGGAUGAAUGUGGGUCAUGAGGAGGAGGAGCUAAAACCUUACAUCGAGCCUGAGGCGGACUUCAGUGAUUCCUCCAGAAUAGAGCUCAUGGUGACGAUGGGUUUCCCCAAAGAUGAGAUCACGGAGUCUCUACAUGGCCAGAAAUACGAUGAUGUCAUGGCCACCUACCUGCUGUUGGGCAGAAAAGCUCCAGAGUUUGAGGGGAGCGAGCCUCUGACUAACAGCAUCCUGGCUCAGCGACAGCGGCCGACCAGUGACAUCAACAACAGUUCCAGCAUUUCUCCCGCCCAUCCCAAGGUCACACGCAGCAUCUCGGCCAAUCAGAAGCAGCGCCGCUACAGUGAUCAUGUGGGUCCGUCUGUGCCCCCGGCAGUAUCGUAUACAAAGCGCGGCCAGGCCCUGAGUGUGGAAAGUGACCACAGGGAGGAGUGGGACGGAGCACGCCGGCUGGAGCUCAACACUUCGAAAGGAGAUGUUCCUGCUUCACCACUGGGGGUGCAGGAGAGGAAGAAAACUACAAGUGCUGUGGGGACCAAUGGCUCAAUGACUCGCAGGAACACAUAUGUGUGUGAACGAUCCUCCACUGACCGCUAUUCAGCUAUUCCCAAUGGCAAAGACAGCAGUUUGACUGAGGUGUCAGGUAGCACCCCAUCGACUGCAAUGAGCUCUACACGACCUCGACACACCAAGUCCAUGUCCUCGUCAGGGCAUCCUUCAAAGAGCACACUGCCCCCCAUCGACGACAACACAGAGCUUAAAGCCAGCUCUUCUCCGCGGGGCCCCUCCACCUCUCCGUCUGCACACAGUAUUAGCACCCCAGAGAAGAACCGUUUCCCUCGUGGUACCACCAGUCGCAGCACCUUCCACGGGGCUCAGCUCAGAGACCGGCGCAGCGCCACCUACAAUGGCCCCCCGGCUUCACCCACACUGUCCCAUGAUACGGGGGCUCUAGCUCAGCAACGCAGGGGCACCUCCACUGGGAUCAUCAGCAAGAUCACCUCCAAGUUUGUCCGCAGAGCUCUGUCUUUCAGGUCAACCCGGAGGGUGCCUAGUGAGGGAGAGGCCAGUGCCAGGACGGAAACACCCAGGAGUGUGUCUGGUGAUACUAAAGAGGACGGUGGUCGGGACUCCAAGCCUCGCUCGCUGCGUUUCACCUGGAGCAUGAAGACCACCUCCUCCAUGGAGCCCGCCGAGAUGAUGAGGGAGAUCCGGAAGGUUCUGGACGCCAACAGCUGCGAUUACGAGCAGCGCGAACGCUUCCUGCUUUUCUGCGUCCACGGUGAUGCUCGCCAGGACAACCUGGUUCAAUGGGAGAUGGAGGUCUGCAAGCUGCCCCGCCUUUCACUCAAUGGCGUGCGCUUCAAGAGGAUAUCGGGAACGUCCAUCGCCUUUAAGAAUAUCGCCUGCAAAAUUGCCAAUGAGCUCAAACUGUGACAGCCGAUGGAGUCCCAGUCAGGCUUUGGUGAGCUGGUUACGGUCUCAUCUCAUCACUGGAUUAGUGUUGACUUCCAGGACAAAACUCAGCACUGAAGGUCCUCACCAUGCAGAAUCAGGGUGGACUCGGCUGGUAAAAGUGCAAUACUGGCCACGAAUGUACUGUACAGGGUAGUGGAUCAGAGAGAUCUCGCAAGGUUGAACCUUUGUGACGGAGAGACAGCAAAAACAGCUACCCCCCCCCCCCUUUUUUUUCUUCUUCCGUCCGGCUCGCUCAUCAGCCCACCGCUCCUCGUCAUAGGACACAUUCAUGUAACACAUGCAGUAUGCAACUGAAGAUGAACAUCCUGCAAUAAUGUUUUCAAUCUCUUUUUCUACAUGCCUACUACAAGAUCUACUCCCCUCGCUCAAUAACCAUUGAAAUUACUGAAGCUAAAAUAGCCGCUUUUCCACCUGUGUUAAGUCAGUAUAUAGAACAGGCUGGAGCCCAUACUAAAACUAUGUAAAAAGAGAAUUGUACUGUAUGCAUAACAUCUGCAGGUACUGUAUUGUAUAUUGAUUUUGCGUUCUGUACAGAAUUUUGUUGUCAAUACUGUCUUUUUUCAUGGAAUUUUAGUUCUUUCCUAAUAUAAUUGAUGUCUCUUAGAGCAUUAUCCUUUAAGUCUGUGAGUUUUUUAAUUUUUUUUCCCCUUUUUUUUUAAGAGCCACCAUAUGAAAAUAGUGUUUUUAAUUUUAUUUAAAGAGCACUAAAUUAUUUUGUGGAAUAUUAAGGGAUGUGUUCCCUUGCCUUUUAUGUUCUAUUUUAUUUGCCUACAGAAAAAACACUAAGUUGCACCACAUAGACUUGAGUAGUAACUUCGGUUAAAACUGAAAAAUGUGUUCACUUUAUUUUCUCUCAGCAGCAGGUAGGUGAUUUGGAGGCCCUGCUGCUCUUGCACAAGUUUUCCAGGGUGAUGUGUAUGAACAUGAGAGUAUGCACCUGUAUUUCUUUCAUGUUAGUUUGGUAGUCCUCAAUUACAAAAAAAGCAGGGUUUAAAUUGGUUUACUUUAGAAAGCAGAGGACAGGACAUCUUUGUCCAAAGGACUGAAGAUGCAUGAAAAGUCCAUCAAUCACCAUGAAAGAAGCAGUUUGUCUUGUGGAGCCUUUCUAAAGAGCCUGAUUUAGUCCUGCCACCAGUGUGAUUGUGCAGGUACUUGUGUAUCUCCUUGCUUGUGUUUUUCUUUUUUUUUUUUUUAAUUCAGAUUUUAUUGUAUUUAUUCCAUUACAUUGUAAUGUGCUGCUUUGUAGAAUUGAGGCGUGCACUUUG